CACAGUGUGUUCCAUUCUGACAGAGCGCAGUCGUUAAGAAGCCUUUGUCCAGUUACCUCUUGAUAAAUUAAAAUAUUUGUAUCAAUAAUGAAAUUACUUUUGUUAGUGGGUAUCAUUCUAUCGGUCUUUUGUUCGAGUAGUAACGCCGAUGAUAAAAAAGGCCCAAAAGUAACAGACAAGGUAUGGUUUGAUAUUACCAUUGAUGGCAAACCUGAAGGAAGAAUUGAAAUUGGUCUUUUUGGAAAGACUGUCCCAAAGACGGUUAAGAACUUUGUAGAAUUAGCUAAAAAGCCUAAGGGAGAAGGAUAUAAGGGUAGCAAAUUCCAUAGAAUUAUUCGUGAGUUUAUGAUUCAAGGAGGAGAUUUUACAAAAGGAGAUGGAACUGGAGGACAUAGUAUUUAUGGAGCUCGCUUUGAAGAUGAAAACUUCAAAUUGAAACACUAUGGUGCAGGAUGGUUGUCCAUGGCAAAUGCCGGCAAAGAUACUAAUGGUUCUCAGUUCUUUAUUACCGUUAAAAGAACUCCAUGGCUUGAUGGUAGACAUGUUGUUUUUGGUAAAAUAAUCAAGGGAAUGGAUUUAGUUCGAAAAAUUGAAAAUGUAAACACGGAUACUCGUGAUAGGCCAACAAAGGAUGUUGUAAUUGCUGAUUGUGGAGCUGAAGUUGUAAAUGAGCCAUUCAGUGUAUCAAAGGAAGAUGCAGCUGAAUAAGUAUUACAUUUUUGUCUGUUUUUUAAAGUCAAAACAGUUUCCAAUUGUUAUGAGAACAAUUUUAUUUACUGUAACACAUUGUCUUCGUGAUUCUGUAUGCCUCCAAACGUGAUUUAUUAGGAAAAAAUAUACUAUUGAAAAUUUUACUGUAAAAAUCGGUAGAAACACUUCAUGCUUCGAUACAAUUGUUCAAAGCAUGUUUCUUCAAAAUAUAGUUUAAUUAAAACUAAUAAAGAUUCAGUAUAGAAUCGUUAUUUUUAGUAAGUUCUAUCACAUAUCCAAAAUAAAAUUUUACAAAACAUACAGAGUUAAGAAAUUACAACAUUGUGUGUAUGAUAUCUUAUCGUACACUGUUAUCAUAUUCCAACUUUUAUAAGAACGUAUAUUCAUGUCAGGACGCGCAAUAAAUUUUAUACAUAUAUCUGUA